AUGAGCAGGACACUGCUGGCAGGCAGGAUGCAGCCAGAGAUCCGCAGCGUCUGCGUCUUCCUGCCCACCCGCGAGCAGCUCAGCCUGGCCGUCGGGGUCAAAGCCACUGGACAAGAGCUCUUUCAGCAAGUUUGUGAUUUAGUGAAGAUUAAAGAGCCUCACUUCUUUGGCCUCAGCAUUGUUAAAAAUAAUGAAUAUGUUUUUAUAGACCUGGAGCAGAAGCUUAGCAAAUACUUUUCAAAGGAAUGGAAGAAAGAGACCACCAAAGGGACAGAGAAAUUCAGCCCUCCAUUUGUUGCAUUCUUUAGAGUACAAUACUAUGUAGAAAAUGGAAGAGUAAUAGGCGAUAAGGUGGCACGGCAGCUCUACUACUGCCAUCUCAAAGAGCAAGUGCUUAUGUCUCAUUGCAACCACAAAGAAGAAAUCUACUUCUUGCUGGCUGCCUACAGCUUACAGGCAGACUUGGGCAACUACAGAGAGAAGGUCCACGCUGGCAAAUAUUUUGAACCUCAGGCUUAUUUCCCACAAUGGAUAAUUGCAAAGAGGGGGAGCGACUACAUCUUGAGACAUGCCCCAGAGAUGCACCGGGAACAGCAAGGGCUGAGCGCUAAGGAAGCGGUGCUGAAGUUCAUUAAGGAGUCCUGCCUGCUGGAAGAUGUGCCCGUCCACUUCUACAGGCUGCAGAAGGAUAAGAAGGAGGAUCGACCGACAGUUAUCCUGGGCCUGACCCUGAGAGGAAUGCACAUCUAUCAGGAGGUGAAUCACGUUCGCCAGCUCCUCUACGACUUUCCCUGGUCACACAUUGGGAAGCUGGCCUUCCUGGGGAAAAAAUUUGAAAUCCAGCCAGAUGGUUUGCCCUCUGCACGGAAACUGGUUUACUACACGGGUUGCCCCUUCAGGUCACGCCAUUUGCUGCAGCUACUCAGCAACAGCCACCGGCUCUUUCUGAAUAUUCAGCCAGUUUUGAAGCAGAUCCAAAAACUGGAGGAGGCUGAAGAGAAGAAGCGCUACCGGGAGUCCUACAUCAGUGACACUCUGGACAUGGACCUGGACCCGUGUGACAAGAACUCCCGUGGCAGCGGGAGCAGCGGGGGCAGCCGCAGGGAUAACCGCCUGUCGCGCCAGUCCACCGGGAGCCACGGCAGCUCCCACACCUCGGGCAUCGAGGCUGACUCCCGGCACCGCGUGUCCGUGGAGAUGUCGGUGGAUGAGCCCUUCGGCAUUGACCGCGUGCACAGGAAAGAGCAAUCCUGCAGCUCAACCAUCAGCUACGGGAGCUCUGGCAUUGACAGCGGCAGCAAAGGGCGGGCUGAGGAUGACGCGCAGGAUGAUGAGCUUGAGCUGGCAGUAGAUGAGCCAGAGGAAAUGCCUGUAGAUGAGCCUUUAGAGGGAGACCAGUUAGAGGAGGCCACUGUGGGAGAAUCUGUUGAAUCCCUGCCUCUAGAUGCUGCUAGCUGCCAAGCUGUAAAUCAGGAAUCUCUGUCUGUGGUGCAAGUCACACUAAUCAAAAUGAGAGGCCAAAGUGUGGAAUCCCUUCACCAGGUCAGAUCGCCCAAAAGCCGGAGCUGCAUGGAGCAGCACAGCCAGAGUUUGGAUGACAUCCGCCUGUACAAGCGCCGGCACCCGUCGCUAAGUGCCACGCUGUCUUCAGACACGUCCCACAGCUACACCUUCGGCUGCAGCCUCGAGGACAAGCUGUCUGUCUACGGCUGCGUCUACUCCACAGCGGACUGCAAAACCAAGUCUGCCCUUUACGGGAAGCGAUCCAUGAACUGCCUCUCCUUGGAUCUUCUGGGAGAGGACCAGCUCCCAGAGGAGUUUGUGGUGUAAUGAGAUUGGAGCUCUUCCAUACCAGGAAGCAGCUCAUCAUGGCAAUAUAUACCUCAUUAACACGUGUGAUGUCACUCUGGUUCUUGCAGGAGAUGGUGAGCAGCUUUGUUAUUCAGCUCUGUAUCAGUAAGUGGCAUCACUUCUGCAGAGCUGGCUACAGGGCAGAUCAACUGGAGUGUAGCACUUAACACUGGCAUUGGUAGUGUCUAUCUGAGCAGAAAGUGGAAGUGGCCUGCACCCUUGGAAGGGACACAAUCAACAUAAAAACCAAAAAACAGUGGACCAAAACUGACACUGAGCUAGUAAAGCAAACUUUGUCAAUAUGGAUUAAUCAGAAAUUUAAAGUUUGUCAUGUUCCCGCCUUUCUGUUGUGGUCCAUGUCUCUUAAUUUUAGUGUACAGAUAGUUUGUCUUCAGUUUGUGCUGCUGCAACAUUGCCAACAGCUGUCAGGCCAGGAUAUACUCUAAGCACAUUUGGAGGGCUGUGUAUGGAAGUGUCUGGCCUGUUUCAGUUGUAAUGAACACAAGUUGCUUCUUCACUGCCCUGGGAACAAGACCUGCUCUGCCAGGAGUUUCUUCUUCUUUUGUUGUUGUUAUUUUGUUGUAAGCAUCCAGCCAAAUACAAUGUGUGGUCUUUUUUUU